AUGGCAGAAAAAGAAGCCGAAAUUUUCCUCAACGAAGAUGGAUCUCUCUACCACUUGGGAGUCAAAAGCGGAGAACUCCACCCGCGGAUUUUGACUGUGGGCGACAGAGAAAGGGCCCAAAUGAUCGCCGAGGCUUUUCUUGAACAAGUUCGAGAAUUCGAAAAGUCCCGAAACUUCAGAACCUUCUCAGGCCUCUACAAAGGGCGGGGCGUGUCGGUGGUGUGCAUUGGAAUGGGAGCUCCAAAUAUGGACUUUUUGGUUCGAGAAAGUUCUUUUUUGUUUCAACAAAAAGGCCUGGCUUUCGUGCGCCUGGGCACUUGCGGCAUCUUCAAGGCCGGCUGCUCCCCAGGCACUCUCUGCAUCUCCAACAGCAUUUACUACUGCCAAAGGAACUACGCGCACUUCGACGGGAGCGCGGCUGGGGCGCCAGGUGUACAUACACCUGAGGGCCCCUACUUGAUCUCCGGGCCCGUCAAAGGCGACGAAGAAUUAUUAAAUAAAAUUGAAGAAAAUGUGAAGAGAAAGAACUUGGCUUAUUUGAGGGGUUUGGGGAUCACUGCGGAAACCUUCUACAGCUGCCAGGGCCGGCGCUUCCCCGGCUUCGGAGAUGAAAACGAAAAACUCGUGGAGGACUUUGUGCGGCUGGGAAUCGACUCCUGCGAAAUGGAGUCGCACCAGCUGUACCACUUGUGCAGCGAGCGGGAGAAAGAAAGAAAAAGAAAAGAAAACGAGAAAGAAAUGAAAGAAAAAGAAACGAAAGACAAUUCAAACUCAGAAAGCAAACAGGGGCCCACCAGGGCCGCCUCCAUUUGCCUCGGGGUGGUCAACAGAGUCGACCCCAGCGCGCCUUCGCAGUUAAUUCGCAAAAGCGAAGACUGCACGAAGGAAAUUCUGUUGGGAGCAGCAGAGGCGGCGCUGGACGCGUUGAUUUCAGUUUCGAUUUGA